ACCGCGUCCGAAUAUUUCAGUUCAUGGGAUGGAGCAUCUGGAUGAUAUGGUUGGGCGUAAAGAUGUGCUGGGAUCUGGUCAAUAUAUCCGUCCGUAUCCCACUCUACCUACCUUGCGUUGAUUCCAUCUACGUUCAAAGAUGACAUACCUCCCCGUCUCUGCCAUUGUCACCAACAUUCGACACCGAUAAAUUGACCAUUUCUUCUACGAAGCCAAUAGCAAACCCGUCUUGCUCCCAUUGUACUGCAGCUUCAUCACCACCUACCUACGCCAUCGCCAUGGUGGCACUCCACGAGUAUGAGCGAUACUACAUCGCCCAUGACGUCCUCAUGGUCCUGACCUUUAUUCCCUGCCUCGUCAUCUUCUUAUGCGCACUCUGCCUUGCUCGCCGUCGCAAGGAUCCCGCUCGAUCGGCCUUUACAUAUCUCAAAGUAGCAUUUGCCUUCUUCACCCUCCUCAUUUUCCUAGACUUCUGUAGCUAUGCUCUCGCCCUCGCUUCCGCCCUCGUCCACUAUGACGUGAUUGAUGAAGCCUCCUCCAACAUCUUGAGAGGCACCGCCCACGCCCAGUACAAUAUAUUCACCGUUGCCCAAACCUUUGAGGCCAUCGCCGAUAUCCUUACCUUUAUCAUGCUCCUCCGUCUCGGCACUGGAAUUCUUUUUAUCCAGACGGGCAAGCCAGGAAAGCUCGACAAGAUUUUCAAGCUCGGCUCGUAUAGCAUUGCCUCGGUGCUUGCGAUUAUUGCCAUUGUCCAGUUUGGCCUCCGCAUUCACUUCUAUAAUAACAUCUUCGCCAAUACCCAAUUGUCAACAAAGUCGGUCACUGACCAAUUUAACUCCUCUCGUCAACUUGACUUCUCUUUCCGCGUCCUGGUAUUUGUCUUAGCUAUUGCCAUCGUCGCGCAAUCUGUUAUAGUUAAGACAAAGAUGACGUCUGAACUGCAAGUGUCUUCGGCCGUUAAUAUCCUGGUUGCAUGUGCAGGGCUAUGGCUCCUGAGGACAGUGUAUGGAGUGGCCUCCAGGGCAUCAGCAUUGAAUCGAAGCGAUAUCCGAUACGACCCAUUCUAUAAGGGCUACUUUAGCAUACUCGACAUUAUCUUCGGUAUCUGGCCCCUAUUCAUUCUCCUUUGCCUUGUAUUUAGGCUUGGCUCUAAGAAGAAGAACGGGCUCUGGUCUACCGAGCAGCCUUUCAUGGCGGAUACCCAGAGCGGCGACGCCAUGACGCCAUGGGGUUACAGUUACGAUUCCCAAACCAUGGCCCCACCCGUGGCUCAUCAGCAACAACAGCCGCCUCCGGUGGUGCAAGUCCCUCCGCCAUACUACGAAAAGGCAUAAGAGCUGAUGAAUUUGCGGAGAAAAUAUGAUUGGAGUUGAUAAUGGCUGGUCUGAUUAAAAAAUUUGGGAAGAAUAGGACAGUUGUACGCGCAGUACAUAUUCUCUAUAUUGAACCUCGGCUUGUUCGUAAUUGAAUCGCUGAUCUGAUGAUGAUAAAAUAUCUACCCAUGAAAUGAUUCUGAAAUAUUUGGAGUAUUGACAAUAAUAAGGUCAAUUUUUAUGGCAUUCUGUAUGUCUGGUUUAUAUAUUUGGUUUGUUUUUUCUAGCUCUACUUAAUAUCAUCACAUAGAUCAAA